CAGGUAUACUGCAACAACACUGAUUUAAGUCGUUGAAUAGUUGCUGUAGAGCAGCUCCCACAUGAGAGGCAGCACCGAAGAGAAGUACUAAAUGAGGUGGCGAAACGAGGAAGAAACUAUGCCCCCAUGUUGAAUUUCUACACGGGUGACCCUCGUUAAAGCAAGUCGUAUUUUCCUACUUUUAAAAGGCUUGACAACGACAAGAAGUUUUCAAAAAAAGGUGCAUGCUAAUAUUCGUUUGCUCAACGUCUCGCAUAUUUGCUACGAGACCUAAGCUAUCCAGCUGCUACUGUUUCCUUUGCCUAACUGUCUGUGUUGUUCAGGCUUAGCUUAAACGUAACUGUUAAGCUAAUUGCACCAAAAGAGGAACAUGUCCUCCACAGUUGACGCAGAUGAAGAUGAGGUGGAAAAAGAAGUCGAGUUUGUAUCAGAGGGCCCUCUCAGACCAGUAUUGGAAUGUAUUGACCUGUUGAGUGACAGUGAGGAUGAGGGAUGUUCAUCAUUGCCCAAUACACUUGAAGAUAAAAUCAGCCGACAUAAAGCACGUGUUACAUCUACCCUGGACAGACUGGCACACCAAGUGGCUGUACAGAAAAAGGAACGAGCAGAUAAAUGCAGAGCAUUCAAGGAGAAGCAGAUCCUACAAAAAGCUCAUGGACAACAGGAGCUGGCUGUUAGCGCUGUAAAUGGGAUUAAUCAGGAAGCCAAACGUUGUGUAGACAUGUGGUUAAAGAUGCCAGGUCUUAAACCUGGAGCGAUCAGUGCUGGUUCCGAGGGAAGACAAAGAGCUUCUUUCCACAGAACUAUCUCAACUAGGCAUACUUGUCCAGUAAUUAACUGUGGUCGAGUUUAUGAUAAUGCUUCCCUCCUUGAUGGACACUUGAAAAGGUUUGAUCACUCCCCAUGUGACCCGACUAUCAAUCUUAAAGGAAGUCCAUCAGAGUUUUUUGCCUGUGUUGCAUGUGGAAAGAAUUUUCAGGCCAAAGAAUCCUGGAGGAACCACGUUAAGUCGAAGGUGUCCUCGUCUAAUGCCGAUGGUCAUAGCAUCAACCAGAUGUAUCAGCGAAUUGUGUGUUUUGCAUGUCCUGCCUGCUACAACCUCUUCAACCUCAGAGACGAGUGUCUCCAGCACAUGUCAGCCGAAAGCCACUUCAAAGACUCGCUCGCCUUAAGAGGAAGUCCGCUGCCAGUCCCUGUCCCUCAACAUGUCAAGAAUCGUCUCAUCGCCUUGUGCAAAGAUGUAGCGUUCAGUGUCCGCUGCUCUUUGUGUCAUAACGUACUGAUCUCCCAUCAAGCAGCUCAAGCUCACUUUAAUGUGUACUGCAGACAGGGCUGUGCUGUGGCCAAAGCUGACAAGACGAUAGUGCAGGUCAUGAAUCAGCUGCAAGUGCGAGGACAGUGUUCUGUCUGCUGUGAAAUCUUCCUCAGCCAAGCUGAAAUUGAGAGACACAGGGAGUCGAUGCAGCAUGAAGUUGAACUCAACCAAACAAUGGCAAAAGCACUUCUUCAGCACUGCAGGUUUAGUGAAAUUCAACACUUGAAGAGAGCUAGAGACUCAACAGACACAGAGGAGACCACUGGCCUUGCAACACCUCUCAAAAGAAACAGGAAGAGCGACGACCAUGACAGAUUUCCAGCUAAACAGCAGAGCUUGGGGACAAGUGUGACUGUUACCAGUAGCGGGAGCGUAACAGCUUGGUGUUGCGAGUGCGGUCUUCAGUUCUCAGACGAGGCUGGAGCCAGUAAGCACCUUCUGGCUGUGAACCAAAUUUUCCAUCAGUGUGGCGUGUGUGGCAAACAUAUGGGGGAGUCUUCCAUUGCACGUCUGCAUAUGAGUCGCUUUCACGGGGGCGCUCAUCUCUCAAACUUCCUCUUCUACUGCCGCAAGUGCAAAGUGGAAAUGCCUCGGUACGAAGACAUCCUGUCACACGUGUCCGGAGCUCACAGCGGACACACGUAUUUCAGUGAACAAGAAGUGCCUGAGCAGCUUCCCAUAAUCGUUGAUGUCAAGCCAUCCACUAGCAGUGACGUCACAUUUCACUCCUCGUCUGUGGCCAAAGUCCAGCUGAGCACAGAGGUGUCUUCAUCAAAAGUAGAGCAGUCUUGGAUGUGCAGGAUGUGCGAGGAUGUCUUUGACUCGGAGGCUGCCGUCCGUAAACACUGCAGCGAUGUUAGUAGUCACAGCUUUCAGAGAUUCGUCUGCGGACACUGUCCACAGAAGUUCUUCAAAGAGUCCACCGUACGGAGACACUGUAUGAAUGAGCAUGAUGGGCUUGUAAAAACUUCCUAUUUCUGCGGCCUCUGCGACAGCAUGGAGUUUGGAUCUGAGGAGGAGUUUUUUGAGCACUACAAGAAUCUUCACAGUAAGGACUACUACUGCAUGGAUGAGGUUGAAGUUGUUCAGCCAGAUGCCACUGAUGCUGCUGCUGCCGCUGAGAGGACCAGUCAGUUUACAUGCCCGUGCAUGGGUUCGGAAAAAAGUAAAGAGGACAUGAAAGCCACUUACACACAAUGCAUGAGGAAUCUGGCUGCGGAAGAAAAAUGCCAGUACAUCUGUGUGCCUUGCGAUGUAUCUGUUCCAUCCUAUGCACAGAUCAAGACUCAUGUCCACACAAAACACACAGCCUUGAACCUGGACAGGAGCUUUGACAUCAGAUGCAAAGACUGCCAAGAGAGUUUUAUGGAUGUACCGAGUUUCCAUAAACACUACCACUUGCAACAUUGUACACUGGAUCCCUGCAUGAGUUCCAGGACCUGCAGGAAAAGCUCAAAAGCCGAACCUACCACUCCAAUAAUACCUAAUGCUGCGGAGAUCAAACCAGACAGCAAUGAGAUUGACGACGAAACGCUGACAUUUUUGAACAUUGAUCACACCAAUGACGAGAGUGAAGUGCAGGAAGUUGAAUCGGAUGAUGAAAUGAAACGCGCGCUGUCUUUGAGCGCAGAAGAAGGACAAGAGUCAGCAGAGUUGGAAGAAGCUCUCAAAAGAAGCCUCCUGGAGUUCUGAGAAAGCCAGUAGUGCUUUUGUAACAUGCUGUUCAUCGAACGUUAUACUAGAAUGUUUUGUACAAGGUAACGUGUUCAGAAUAUAAUAAAGAAUUAAAUGUU